GUGAUCACAGGGGAAAAAUGUUGAAAUAAUAAUUGUAAAGCUAACUGGAUUACGAGAAUGUUAAAUGUGAAAACUUUGGGCACGCAAAGCGUUCGGAUGGCAUUGUGUAUAAUAAAAUUGGCGAAAGGCAAAAUGAAUUGAGCAGGGCAACGGCAACGGCAACGGCAGCAGCAGCAUCUGAGAAGUGUGGAGGCGGAAGUGGCGGAGGUGGUGGAGGCGACAGCGACGACGAAGACGGGCGGCAGGCGACGGGCGGUUAGGCUAGGCUAGGCUUUGGGGCGGUGAGGCCAAGUAAAGAUGUGCGCGCACAAUACAAAAAAAUUACAAAGCAUACUUUUGGGAGCGGCAAAGCAAAUGGCCAAAAUCAACAGCACAACAACAACAACAACAACAACAACAACAAUGUCAACGUUACAACUGAAGCUGAGGCUGAUGCUGAUGCUGAGCGUUUACAAAUAAGCUCAAAAGAGAUAGAAUUCCACAAACACUCAUACACAAACACACACACGCCAACACUUACCCAAACACACACACACAUACAUACGCAUCGGGAGAGUGUGUGAGAGUCACAGCAACAGCAAGAGAGCAAGAGAGAGAACCAUCAGCGCUUCACAUGACCAGUGCGAAAAUGGCGACAGCUUUGCGUGGGUGCAUCAAGGAUAAGCUGAAGAAGAAAGCAAACUGAAAGCAAACCACAAACAAACAAACAAAAAACAGAAAAAGAGGAAAAAAAGAAACUCCAUUCCACUACGAAACGAUAAUAAUAAGAAAUCAAUAUCACACACUCUCAGAGAGAGAGAGAGAGAGAGAGAGACCGAGAGAAAAUAUCACACAUACGCCAUGGAGCCAGUGAUGAGUUUAGCUUUGGCAGCCCAUGGCCCGCCCAGCAUACUAGAGCCGUUGUUUAAAACCGCAACUACGAGCACAACGACCACCACGACGACAAGCACGCCCAGCUCGACAACGAGCACAACCAGCAGUCCCGGCUCCAUGUCCCCCACUGGGACCACAUUGCUGACGGCUCUAUUGGAGAAUUUGACAACAACCGCAGCGAAUGGACUCUACGAUUCGUAUGGCAAUCAGACAAAUGGAACAAUGGGUUUCGAGACGAAGGGGCCGCGAUAUUCGCUCGCCUCGAUGGUGGUUAUGGGCUUCGUAGCGGCGAUUCUGAGCACGGUAACGGUGGCGGGUAAUGUCAUGGUGAUGAUAUCCUUUAAGAUUGAUAAGCAAUUGCAAACGAUAAGCAAUUAUUUCCUAUUCUCGUUGGCCAUAGCGGAUUUUGCUAUUGGCGCCAUCUCCAUGCCGCUAUUUGCGGUCACAACGAUAUUGGGCUAUUGGCCAUUGGGGCCCCACGUCUGUGACACUUGGCUGGCCCUCGACUAUUUGGCCUCGAAUGCCUCGGUGCUGAAUUUGCUGAUCAUCAGUUUCGAUCGAUACUUCAGUGUGACGAGGCCAUUAACGUAUCGCGCCAAGCGCACCACAAACAAAGCGGCCGUGAUGAUUGGGGCCGCUUGGGGCAUCAGUUUGCUACUCUGGCCACCCUGGAUCUAUAGCUGGCCUUACAUCGAGGGCAAGCGCACAGUGCCCAAGGACGAGUGUUAUAUACAGUUCAUCGAAACGAAUCAAUAUAUCACCUUUGGCACUGCCCUGGCGGCAUUCUAUUUUCCUGUCACCAUCAUGUGUUUCCUCUACUAUCGCAUUUGGCGCGAAACGAAGAAACGGCAAAAGGAUUUGCCCAAUUUGCAGGCUGGCAAAAAGGAUUCCAGCAAGCGUUCGAAUAGCAGUGAUGAGAAUACGGUGGUUAAUCAUGCAGCUGGUGGACUACUUGCCUUUGCCCAACUUGGUGGCAAUGACCAUGAUACCUGGCGAAGGCCACGUUCGGAGAGUUCAGCGGAUGCGGAAAGUGUAUACAUGACCAAUAUGGUUAUCGAUUCCGGUUACCAUGGCAUGCAUUCACGUAAAUCGAGCAUCAAAAGCACCAAUACAAUCAAAAAGCCAUACUCAUGCUUUGGCAGCAUCAAAGAAUGGUGCAUAGCGUGGUGGCAUUCUGGACGCGAGGAUUCCGAUGAUUUUGCCUAUGAACAGGAGGAGCCAUCUGAUUUAGGGUAUGCAACACCAGUAACAAUUGAAACUCCUUUACAAAGCUCCGUCUCCAGAUGCACCUCGAUGAAUGUCAUGCGGGAUAACUACUCAAUGGGCGGCAGUGUGAGCGGUGUACGUCCGCCCAGCAUACUACUGCCGGAUGUAUCACCCACACCAUUGCGUCCGCCGCUCAAUUCCAUUUCCCAAAUGCAGGAAAUGAAUGCGGUCGCCGGUGGCAGCGGCAGUGUCAACCUGAACCUCAACCACAACCUCAAUGGGGGCCAUGGGACGACGACAGCGAGCAAUGGGACAGGCAAUGGCAAUGCGAAUGUCAACAGCAGCAGCACCAACAACACCAACAGCAUUAUCACCAACAACAACAACAAUAACAACAACAACACAAAUAGCAAUGGAACAAUGCGCGACUCACGUGCCCUACCAGUGGGCAAUCGGAUUGGUUCACGUUCAGUUAGCCAGGACUCAGUCUACACGAUACUCAUACGUCUGCCCUCGGAUGGAGCAAGUGCAGCGAAUAGCACCAGCGGCGGCAUUGGCGGCAUCUCCGGCCAUCAGUCUGGCCUAAGUGGUGCCAAUGGUGGCGGUGGUGGCUCAGCGAGUGGCCUAACCGGUGGCCAUGGUGAUUGUGCACCCUCCAUCAAGAUGAUACACGAGGAUGUGACGGCCUCGACACUGCUAAGUGGCAGCUCGGGCCAAGGCAUGGGCGGAGGUGUCGGCGUUGGCGUUGGCGUCGGCGUUGGCGGAGUGGGCCUAAGUGGUGCCUUGGGUGGUGGUGGUAAUGUGGUCACAGUGCCACCCACUGCAACCACUCGCCGGCCAUUGCCAUCGCGAGACUCUGAGUUUAGUUUGCCCCUCGGACGACGCAUGUCCCAUGCGCCACACGAUGUACGCCUGCUCAAUGCCAAAGUCAUACCCAAGCAGUUGGGCGGCAAGGGGGUUGGUGGUGGCCCUGGUGGUGCCGCUGGCCAACAUGCCCUGCUCAAUGCACGCAAUGCUGCAAAGAAAAAGAAAAAGUCGCAAGAGAAGCGUCAGGAGUCGAAGGCAGCAAAAACCUUGUCCGCGAUUCUGCUCAGUUUCAUUAUCACCUGGACGCCAUAUAAUAUAUUGGUGCUGAUCAAACCAUUGACCACCUGCUCGGAUUGCAUACCCACCGAGCUGUGGGAUUUCUUCUAUGCCCUGUGCUACAUUAAUUCAACCAUUAAUCCCAUGUGCUAUGCCCUCUGCAAUGCCUCAUUCCGGCGUACUUAUAUCCGCAUCCUAACCUGCAAAUGGCAUACCAGAAAUCGCGAGGGCAUGGUCAGGGGUGUUUACAAUUAAAUCCAUAUAUACAUAUAUACAGCUCCUUUCUACCAGCUCCUUCGCCUACUAAUCCCUCAUUCGAAAUCAUCACCAGAAAUGAAACUAGUUGCAAUAAAUGUUGUGUGCAAAAUGAUAAAGAAAAAAAUAAAAAAAAUAAAAACCAAAACACAAAAAAAAUG